GUGCAUGCAUGAAAGCUUUCCCCUUUUGCCUUUGAAAUUAUAAUAGACUGUUCUCUGAAGUCUUUGUCUAUAAUAUCACCUCUGAAGCAAAACAGCCCUGAGACAAGUUGAAUAACUAACCCUUCAAAGAUGGCUGUUGGUGAAUAUGAGGAGUAUUUUGUUGUUUAUGGACAUUAUUACAAAGUCUCAUCGGAAUAUAUUGGAAUCCCAUUGAUUGUGGCAAAAUACUUUCUGAACUGAAAAAAAUCUAGCUAAACCAGAUAGUUCAGCUCUAAACAACUCCUAUGUUUGUAUCUCCAACAUCUUUAACUAUAUUUGACCACCUUUUAUUAUUUAGUGUCAUCAUUUCUCAUAGAAAUAAUUUCUCCAUAACAGAAAACACGUUUUUCAUUGUGUUAUUCUGUUUUAUUUCUCAAAAACACAAUUAACUUGCACCACGAAUUAUGUUUGGUAAUUGUAAGCAAAUUGACAUACUCAUUAGAAGUCUUACAGUCUUGUUUGGGGCUUUUCCACUUUGCAGGUUCCUGUAAUACAGGGUCAUUGCGCAUAUGUAGUUUAUCACUUCUGUACGUGACACGGAGCCAGUACCUCCCAGCCAAUGAGAACUAAUGUUUAAGGUGACGCAUCUCGUACGUCAUCACCAGUAUUUCAUGUCAACUGCGCCGGCGUCAGAUGUUGAGAGAGAAAUUAAUUUCUACAUAUCGGAGGAAACAGCAGUGAAGAUAAACCGUUCAAGGUGCAAAACCAAUUUGUUGAUUAUUUGGUACUUGUCAUCGUCCAACCGUUCAGUUAGUUCACCCUGAAGCUGAACAUUACUGUCUGAACUCAGCUUUUUUCCCCCAUGGACAUGGACCGGAAGGAAAAGCAAAAGGAGCAGUGCAGCAGCCCCAUUUAUGUACACAACCCACAUUUGGAUGCUCUGAAAGAUGACAUCCUCUAUCACUUCAGUCUAGGAACUGGAAGUCAUAACCUACCAGCCAUGUUUGGUGAUGUCAAAUUUGUGUGUGUCGGAGGGAGCCCAUGGAGGAUGAAGUCAUUCACCGAGUUCAUUGCAGCUGAGCUCGCAAUGGAAGACCCCAAAUCUGAGUAUCCCAACAUCUGCGCUGGGACGGAUCGUUACGCCAUGUACAAAGUCGGCCCUGUUCUCUCUGUCAGUCAUGGUAUGGGCAUUCCAUCUAUUGCGAUAAUGUUACACGAACUCAUAAAGCUCCUUCAUCAUGCCCAUUGCACCGACGUUACAAUCAUACGCAUAGGGACAUCAGGAGGAAUAGGACUUGAGCCUGGCACGGUUGUUGUUACCAAACAGUCAGUGGAUGCCACAUUCCAGCCUAAGUUUGAGCAGGUGAUCCUGGGAAAGACGGUGGUGCGCAGCACUGAUCUGGACCAAAGCCUGGCCCAGGAGCUGCUGCAGUGCAGCAAAAGGCUUAACCAGUUUGAGACAGUCAUCGGUAACACCAUGUGCACGCUGGAUUUUUAUGAAGGUCAAGCCCGCCUGGAUGGCGCCUUCUGCUCCUACACAGAGGCAGACAAACAGGAAUACCUCCUAAAGGCCAAAGAGGCGGAAGUCUGCAACAUCGAGAUGGAAUCAUCCGUUUUUGCUGCUAUGUGCAAACUGAGCGGUCUGCGAGCGGCUGUUGUCUGCGUCACACUGUUGGAUCGGCUGAAAGGAGAUCAGCUAAGCAGCUCUCAUGAAGUUCUUAACAAUUAUCAGCUUCGUCCUCAAAAACUGGUUGGCUCCUACAUUAAGCAGCAGCUGAAGGCCAAAGCAGAGAACAGAUGAAUGUUAAGAGUGAACAUUUUGUCUGAGUAUCAUAUAGGUUAUAAAAUGACCUAGCACUGAAAAUGAUCUACAACAGUAGAUUCAAGCUGCUGUUGUAGUUGAUAUGUCUUCACAUAAAUCAGUUUUUGAAGGGGCAAUAUUAUGUAUUUUCCACUAUGUGCCAUUUUAUAUCACAUGCAACCUUUAGUCAUAAAUGACGUAUAUGUCAAGCAAGGCUUAAAAGGAAUUUGACUUUGCAAAUUAACACCUUGAAAUUGUCUCUUUUAAGAGAAGUUUCUUCUCUCUCCGGCAUUCUGCCUUCAGCAAGUCAUGACAACAACUUUUCCCUAUUAAGCCUUUACCAAUGUUUUUACUAGCGUUUCACUCAGAAGUAGUUUUUCUUCCAGAGACCCGGCGAUUAGGCAACCGCACAUGGCUGCCAUUCAAGGAUUUCUCAAACAUGUAUGAAAGAAUCAAAGCAACACUCGUGGUUUACUUUUGAUUAUGUCAUUAUUGCAUAAAAUAAAGCUCAAAGUCAAUUUAUACAUAAUACAGCCCCUUUUAAAUUAUGCCUUGUAUUCAUACAUUGUUGGUGGUUUGGUGUUAAGGGGACACACAUGCACUGCUUUACUUUUUACCCUUAGUCUCAGUUUUGAAUUUGAUUUAACUGAACAAUGAAUGGAUGUAAAUGCUAAAGUUUUUAAUUAUCUUUGAUUUAAGGCACUUUUGUGUAUUUAAGUUUCUGAUCCUUAAAACUUGAACUCCACCUGUGCUUUAACAUAAUAUGUUUUAAUGGUUUUACCUAAAUACUCCUCCGUUAAGUGUCAACGUAAAUGAUACAGAUAUCAAAUAUUUUGUCCCAUGUUGUUUCAUUUAAAUGAACCAAAACACUUGUAUCUCGUCUAGACUGUUUAUUGUUCAUAAUCUCUGCCUUUGUUAUUUUCUAUAUAUAACUUAACAUUACACAGAUGCAACUUUUCAUAACUUGAAAUAACUACUGGUGCUAAAAAACUGCAUGUAAUAUAUAGAUUUUCUAUAUACAUACAUAUAAAUUAAAACAGUUGUUCUUGCAGUGUGACA